UCUCUAGCCUAACCGGCCUAACCUCUAAAAAUAUAAAAGUGUGCAAAAAGAAAGUGUGAAUAUUUACAAAAUUUUAAGAAAGAAUUCCUAGCAAAGAUGCGUAUAGAAACUUGUUAUUUUUGUUCUUCCAAAAUAUAUCCCGGUCAUGGGAUUCAAUUCGUAAGAAAUGACUCAAAAAUUUUCAAAUUCUGCCGUUCCAAAUGCCAUGCAGCCUUCAAAAAGAAGAAGAACCCACGUAAAGUUAGAUGGACCAAAGCCUACAGGAAAACUGUUGGAAAAGAAUUGGCAGUGGAUCCAUCCUUCGAAUUCGAAAAGAAGAGAAAUAUUCCUCUCAAAUAUAGCAGAGAACAAAUGGCGAAAAUGCUUGAAGCUAUGAAAGAUAUUGUAUCCAUCAAAGAAAAGAGAGAAGCCUUACACGUUAUGCAGAGGUUGCGAGCCGCUAGAGAAAUUGAACAAACACGUGAUGUCAGGGAGGUACAAAGAGAUAUGGCACUUAUUAAAUCUCCAGCAGCUGGGCUCAAACAGAGACAAGCAGAAGAACAAAAACAGAGGGAAGCAGAUAAAGAAAGUAGUGAAGAAGAUAUGGAGGUCGAAGACUGUGGAGAGGUUACUUUGUAAUUGCACGUUACAUUUGCAAAACUAUCAAUUUUUUUUGUAUAUAAUAUCAGUAUCUGCUGUCAAAUAAAAUUAUUUUCAGUA